AUGAUCCAAGACGUCUGGCCGCUUUUCAUCUCCCACACCGUGACGCUCGAGAAGCGCAUCCCUGGCGCAAGUGAAGACAAUACGCUCUCCGUCCUACAUGACCCCAAUCAAGUCCUCCACCUCAGCCCGCUCGUACUCAAGGUCAUUCAGGACUGCAAGGACCGCUCCUGGUUCACCAUGAUCGAGCUCUUGCCGCUCUUCGGGGGCCUCAUCUCCACAUUGAACAUCUUCCGGUGUCGAUAUAUGCAGACGGAGGAGGGGUACGACUCUGAGGUGCGCGCUCUGCUGUGGACGCGGUUGGAUGCCCAGAUGCGCGCGCAGAGAGAGGCAGAUGGGAAGGAGGUUAUGGUCAAGGAGAAGGUUGUGAUAAGGGCCCUGUUUUUCUUGAUGCCUUUCAUCCAGGAAACCAUGACGCAGGCACAUGUCGACGCCAUGGACGCGCUAGCAGCCAAGCUGACGAAAAACAAUUGA